AGAUCGGCGUAUCAGACAACAGUCGGGUCACCUCAAUCUUGCCCCCACUGGCGAAAAUUCGUGGCGCCGCCACUGCCUCUCUUUGGUUGCAAAAAACAAGUUGAAGUUGAAGUAUGAUGCCUGCUUGCCUUAAUACCACCAGACUUUGUACCUUGACCUUUUAUGGAUUUGAUUUGCACUUCAGAGUUCAGCUUCACUACAAUAAAAUGAUAUUUUAAGUUUUCAUAUUAAUUUUGUGUUCAUUGUGUACCUACUAAUAUACCCUAGUAUUCAGUAGUUGUGAUUUCACAGUCUUCAAUGAAUGACAUCACCUUCCCGGAAUGAUUUAUCAACAUUAUUUCUGCAGGUGUUGUGUCAUGGCUCUGGUGCUUUCUUUGGUGGUGGUGGGAGCCACGAUUCUGCCGACUUCCAGCAGCAUAUAUGAGACAGACUGUGCGGCAACACUGCAAAUGGGGCAGUAUUUAUGUCUAGACCUCAAUAUUGACCCCAAGACACAACAGCCAGCAGGAUGCACCCCUGAAGGAAAGGCAUUAGUAAACUGUACUGUUGCUCCAGGAAUAAUAUGCAAGGAAUCAGGAAAUAAUACAUUUGAGAAGCACAUUCCCUGCAAAUACACCAACGGCUACUCGUUCGAGACGUCCCUGCUGCUGUCGGUGUUUCUCGGCUUUCUGGGCGCCGACCGCUUCUACCUGGGCUACCCGGGCCUGGGUCUGUUCAAGUUCUGCACUCUCGGCUUUCUGUUCGUCGGUCAGCUGGUGGACAUUGUCCUGAUUGCGACGCAGGUGGUGAAGCCGGCUGACGGCUCCGACUACAUCAUCAGCUACUACGGAGCGGGCCUGGAGAUUCGGACCAUGGAUAACAUGACAUACAGGGUGGUGCAGCCAGACUGGUAGCGGCGGAGAGCGGAGGGCGAUUACAGGUGCGGGGGAGCUGAUAGUGGCAUGAGAUCAGGCAUGGGCGGAUCCAGACAGGUGCCAACGGACCCUAAGGCAUACUCUACGAAAAGGUCCUCCAAAACUCCACGAAUUUCAUUUUUCUGCGCGUUGCUGUGCAAUUCAAAGGAAGCAUUUUUGAUGUGAUUUGAGAUAUUUGUUUGUGUGCGAGGAAGAUGGCUUUUCUCAUGCCUUUCGGACGCUGUGGGAUCGGUGCCCAUGAUGCUCCUUGAUCCACCAGUGACUGCGGUUGAUCGUGUUUUGACUCGUAUAGAUAGGCUAUUGUACGAUUUCAAGACUACACCACGAAAUGAUGUGGGCUUGAUUGAUCUGUGAUAUAUCUUUUCAUGUGCGAUAACUGGUUUGUGUGUGACCAAAAUUGUCAGAUUUUUCAUCUCAUUCAUUCAUUACUCAUCAUUGUGUUAUAUGUUAAACAUGAAUGUCGUGUAUAACGUAAAUAAUGAAUACAUAGGUACAGGUCUCGCGAGAUUAAGCGGUAGGUUUUGCACUUUUACAUUUCCGGUUAUAUUUCAGAAACUAAUCGAUCUACGAUGAAGCCAUUUUACACGAUCAUGGCCGGCUUGUUACCCAACAAGUCGAUUGCAUCGUCAACACUUAAAAGCUUAAGACGACGAAGAUAUAGCCUGAAGUACACUAAAUUUUCUAGGUGCAAAACCUACCGCUAAAACCCGCGAGACCUGUACAUCACGAUACAA